AUGACGCGGACGGCUUGUCUUGUCUUUGUCAUUACCUGCCGUGAAUGUCGGGAUUCCGGCCGCCAGAAUCCUACCAUUUACACGGCGGCAGGGAACGAUGAAGACAAGCCAAACCGACGCUGUAAUAUUGAGAGGUGGAAUGGUGGCAAGCUGAUCAUGGCAGCGAAGAGGGACGUGAUGCCCAUGGGCCCGUGUGUCCCCCUGACUGGCGGUGAUGUGGUCAGCCAUGCUCGGGGAGUGCCGGCGUCUUCAAACUCCGUCAGAGCAUCGCCACCUCUGUACCCAAUUACGACAAUAUUUCAGGAACGCCCUCCUGCCGCCGCCGCGUCAGCAAAGUCGAGAGCCGCGAGGCGUGUACUGGCACUAUAUUUAAGUGACAUCAUCGUGGUCCCGGAUCUCACUAUCUACGGUGACCGACGUCAUCCUGAGGAACAGGCACGGGCCAUGUGGCGACUAACGUUCUCUAUGUACCGCAACCCUGGUGAUACACUGGUCCACCGUAUCGACGUUGAAGAGGACAGCAAAGCACUGCGAAUAUUUUUAAUACCUCCUCCAACUUUUGUUCGGCAGAUCGUUCCCGCCCUGGUCCGGUCUUCAUCAUCAUCACACGCGCACUGCUGCAAAUAUGACAUCUUCAUUCGAGAUACGUGGACCGUUGUCCUCGGCUUUCUGAAACCGUCUCAACCGUACAUGGUUACAAGGAACUUCAUCCGCGCACACCGCUUACCGGGCUUGAUAUCGUUUGAUAUCCAAAGGGGACUUUCUGCGGCUGCAUCUGGGUCUGCGAUCUGGCACGGAAGCCAACAUUCUACCAUUUCCAGAAGCUGAACCAUACUGUGAAUAAAUGAAUAUUUUAUUUGGCCGUCUAUGUUGAGUGCACAAGCACGUACUCUCCCCAGACGUGUUCCGCAAACCAAAUGCCUUGACCCAACAUGCAUGACAUAUGCACAACGGAUAGGUAGAUACAGUUCCGAAAGUAUA